AUGACAACUUUGGACAGAGAAGAACAUGCUGGAAUUGGAUCUGAGGAGAAAAACUCAUCAAAACGCACGGUUAUGGAAAAUUUGGAAAAAGAAUUUGCUGAAAUUGCAGUAGAGGAGGAAUUUCCUGAUGAAUUUCAGUGUUGCGUCUGCCUGGAUCUCUUGUACAAACCAGUUGUCUUAGGUAAAAGGGCAUUGCAAAAGCUACAAAUUGGUCGUUGUUUCUUCACAAAGUUCAGUUCCCUUAUUUCCUUGUUUGCAGGGUGUGGUCACCUUUCAUGCUUCUGGUGUGUUUUCAAAGCUAUGGAUAGUUGGCAGGAGUCGCACUGUCCAAGUCUCAAAACAGAGGGCAGCAAAAAAGGUGCUUACAUAUCAAGAAUUACUUUUUCUUUGGAGACAAUGGUGGAAGAGGGACGUGCAAGUAUUCUUACAUUGUGCAGUUCUGUGACUCUGUCAUCCAAUUCUGGCGAGUUGCAUGAACGACUACGCCAUACUGCUUGCCAAAGUCUUCCGAAGAGGUUUGACUUUAAUGAGCUUGAGCAUAUAUUGAAGUAG